AUGAUAAAGGCAAUCAUCGUCGUCAACAACCACGGAAGGCCGAGGUUGCUCCGCUUCUACGAUGGAACGCCUCACGAGAAGCAGCAGCACAUUCUGCGCCGGGCGUACCAGCUCGUGUCUCAGCGGCCGGACGACGCGUCGUGCUGCUUCGCGGAAGACAAAGAGCUCCUGGGCCCCGCGGCCAAAAUCAUAUACAGGCACUUUGCGACGUUAUACUUUAUCUUCAUUACGGAUGACAUGGAGAGCGAGCUUGGAGUUCUAGAUCUCAUCCAGGUCUUUGUCCAGGUCCUUGAUUCGUGUUUCGAGAAUGUCUGCGAACUCGAUCUCAUCUACCAUUUUGACAAGGCGAAUUUCAUCUUGGACGAAAUUGUUGUCGGAGGUUUGGUAAUUGAGACAAACGUCGACAACAUCCUUCACUCCAUAAGCAGUGUAAAGAAGCUAGUGGACAGUGAAGCCUCCCUGUUCGCUGCAGCAUGA